AUGACGGCUACCAAUAAUGAGUAUCCAAAAGCUUCAAAUGCUACUCUCAUUGGGGCAAGUAUCACUUACGUGGCCGGUUUAUUUCUGCUGCUGUCGUUUGCCGGCCCCUACUGGAUAGAAUCGUAUCCCGAAAUGUUUUCAAGUUUUAAACACAUGGGUUUAUGGGAAUACUGUUUCGACCGUUUUCGUUUUCCCUCAUACCAAUUUGACAAAUUAUUUAAUGGAUGUCACUAUAUUUUCAGUGAGGAAUUCCAUGUAAUCAGAGAAUGGCUCCUACCUGGUUGGUUGAUGGCUGUUCAGUCCUUUGUCACUUUAGCACUGAUACUGUCUUUCACAUCUCAAGUACUGCUUGCCUGUGUUAUUGUGCGAUGGCCUUUACGCAGUGUGCUGCGUUAUGAGUGGAUUUUUGUUACAUUUGCUUUCAUCAUGGUGGCCACAUCAAGUGUAUUUUUAUUUCUGGCAGUUGCUAUAUUCGGCGGUAACUGCUACCGUCGCGAUUGGCUUCUCUAUCCGUCCUUUAAUGUAUUGUCGUGGUCUUAUGCGUUUGCUGUGGUGGCAUUUAUUUUAUUUGGUAUUGCUGCGAUUCUUUUAUAUUUAGAAUCACGUAAACUGUAUGAAUUGCGUUUGGAAGCUAAAAAUUUGGUGGCUCAGAUGCAACACAGUCAACCGGAACACGCUCUGCAUCAUUUGCGCGAUCAGUUGCAGCAACAACGCCAAAUGGGUUACAUGUAA